AAGCCAAGGCGCCAACCAAGCUAUUACUGCUGCCAUAGUGCCCUGUCCAUCUGAAUAAAGAGCAGCGCCCUCAAACAGUCAAACCAACCCGAGAGCCCUGUCCAUCUGAAUCAAGCAGCAGCGCCCUCAAACCAACCGAAGAGACGCCAUGGAUGCCACCACCGGCCGCCGCGCGUACGAGGACUUCGUGCCUCCGCACAACAUGGUCACCGAGCCGGCGACCCACACCCUCACCGUCGACCUCUCCGCCGCAGGGUACAAGAAGGAGCACAUCAGGGUGCAGCUGGUCCGGAGCCACGGGCUGGUGGUCGUGCGCGGCGAGCGCGCCGUCGCAGGCAACCGCUGGAGCCGCUUCCGGCUCGAGUUCAGGGUGCCCGACGGCUGCGACGUCAAGGGCAUCCACGCCAAGUUCGAGGGAGGCGUCGUGCGGGUAACCAUGCCCGGGAUCAAGGCUGGGCCUGCAGCCGCGGUUGGCGGCAAGCUGCUGGAGCCCGCUGCCAGCAUUCGAGACGCUCGAGGAGGAGACAAGAAGGAAGACGAGAACGCGCAGAAACAGCCGGAGGAGGAGCGUGUGGUGAAAGAUGGUGGCCGUCUUGACCAUGGCGCCGGCGCCGUCGGAGGAAUGGAAGCGCUCGCUGCGCCGGCGUCAGGCCGCGGCUACAGCUACCUCCCGGAGCGUAGGAAGCUGCUGACCACCGUGGUCGGCGCGGUGUUCGUCCUGUUUAGCCUUGGCAUCUAUGUCAGGUACAGCUUCGGGGCAUGAGCUGAGACAGUGCAGUGUAUCUGCAUGCUGUUUGGCACUUUGGCUUCUCGACGUCAGAGCAGGCCAGCGGAGAUAAACCAAAAUGUGAUGAAUUACUGAUUGGCGACAUGGCUAACCGAUGUGCAAGCAAGUGUGAUAGUACUAGUUCUUCCAAGCAGUGCCUGAAUUGACUAAUUGUACUUAUCAUAAAGUACCGCAGCCACUAAAUUCGUGAAUUGUGACUGCUUAAUGUGUGGUAUGUACCAAAAUGAUCAUAUAAGCAAGCGAGCAGGCUGCAAAUCC